GGCUUGGCGCGGCUGCCUGUCCGUCCGUCCGUGCGUGCCCGUCGUUUCCCGGUAGGAGCGCCAUGGGCGAGACAGGCGCCGGGCGAGGCGCAGGGCGCGCACUGGGCGCUCUCCUCCCGCGGCCCGUCCGCCGCCUCCCCGCCGGCCGCCCGCGCCCCGCCGCCGCUGUCAAGCGGGCGCACCCCGAGUACAGCUCGUCAGACAGCGAGGAGCUGGACGAGGCCGUCGAGGUGGAGAAGGAGAGCGCGGACGAGAAUGGGGCGCUGAGCUCGGCCGCGGGCUCCAUGUCUCCUUCCACCACCUCGCAGAUCCUGGCCAGGAAGAGACGCCGAGGGAUAAUCGAGAAGCGCCGCCGCGAUCGCAUCAAUAACAGCCUGUCCGAGCUGAGGAGGCUGGUGCCCAGCGCCUUCGAGAAGCAGGGAUCAGCCAAGCUGGAAAAAGCCGAGAUUCUGCAGAUGACUGUCGAUCAUCUGAAAAUGCUGCAUACAGCAGGAGGGAAAGGUUACUUUGAUGCUCACGCUUUGGCGAUGGACUACCGGAGCCUGGGCUUUCGAGAGUGCCUGGCCGAGGUGGCUCGGUACCUGAGUAUCAUCGAGGGGCUGGAUGCCUCUGACCCGCUGCGCGUCCGGCUCGUCUCUCACCUCAAUAACUACGCCUCGCAACGGGAAGCAGCAAGCAGCGCACACACCGGCAUUGGACACAUUCCCUGGGGCAGUGCCUUUGGACAUCACCCUCACAUAUCUCACCCCUUGCUGCUGGCUCAAAAUGGGCACGGUAACACCACCGCUACAGCGUCUCCCACAGAACCGCAUCACCCGACCAGAAUUGCCGCCCCACAUGCUGAGACUUCCUCACUCAGAGUGCCCCCAAAUGGCAGCGUUGGACCAGUGCUCCCCGUGGUCACAUCUACUACCAAACUGUCUCCUCCUCUGCUCUCCUCCAUGGCAUCCCUGUCUGCAUUCCCCUUUUCAUUUGGCUCCUUCCACCUGCUCUCCCCCAACAUGCUGAGCCCGUCAGCACCAACGCAGUCAGCAAGCCUUAGCAAACCAUACAGACCCUGGGGGACUGAGAUUGGAGCCUUCUAAGAACUGACUCUCUAGUGAGGGUGGGGAAACCUAAAAACCUAGCUGAGCUGGGUUCUGCCACGCUUAAAGUUGAAGUUCUUAAUGACUGGGACAAAGGUACAGCUUCAUCUUAACUAAGUUUGUCUAAAAACUGCCUCUUGGGAUUUUUUUCUUUCUGUUUUCUACAUUUUUGUAUUAGGUUGGGGUUUUAUUUGGUUGGUUUUGUUUUUUUUUUAAUAGCUGUUGAAGUUGUUAAAAAAUAAAAUGAUAAUAGUGGUUGUUAACACUUGUGUUAGGUCCAUGCUGAGCAUUUAAAUCACUUCUGUAAAUGGUUUAUUGCAAGUGUUUUGUUUUGUCCUGAGCGUGCCAGACCACCUUUUGGGGUUGGUUUUUCUUUUGAGGAGAGAUCACCUGUUCCUGUUAGCAACAGCCAAGUUUAGUUACUAAUUUUGCCAAGACCACUCUUCUCAGCAUUAACAGGCUGUGGGUUUUGUUAGUGUUUUGGCACUGAGGUGUCCUAUAAAGAGUUGCUCUUUUUGCAAGCUAUGUGGGAGUCUUACUGUUUCUGAACAAAGCGUUGACAAAUCAGCUGGGCCAGCCUGACCAGCUUUAUCGAAGAGCCCAACUUCUAUUUCUUCUUCAGUGGUUUGGUAGAUUUGGUGGUCGUCUUCUGGUCCUGAGUGGACGUUUACUUACAUCUCAGAACCAUUAGGCUAGCUCUUCCAAAAGGAGCAGUAUGUGCUUUAGAGCAAACUUGAGAGUGGGGAGGCUGCAAGAGUCAAGUUAGACACUGGAGUGGUGGUGGGUUCAGUUGCUGGGGAAGUGAAAAGCACAGUUGUCACCUCAGUUGGCUUCCAGCAGGAGAUGAGCGUAAGAAACUGCCUCAAGUUGCACCAGGGGAAGUUUAGGUUGGAUAGGAGAAGAAACUUCCUGACUGAAAGGGUUCUCAGCCACUGGAACAGGCUGCCCAGGGAGGUGAUUGAAUCCCCUUCCCUGGAGGUGUUUCAGGGAGGCAGAGGUGUGAUGCUGAGGGACAUGGUUUAGCACCAGACUUGGUAGACUCAGAGAAUGGUUGGACUUGAUGAUCUUAAAGGUCUUUUUCAAGCAAAACAUUUCUAUCUCACUUUAGAGGGCCAGAUCUGCUUUGAGUUACAGUGGAGUAACUGUUCUGUUACCCUGUGUUCUUGGGUAACUGGGGUCAGACUCCCUCCCUCUGCAUGCUUCAGAUUUGCAGCUGAAAGGGGUGGUGCUGGUAUUUAGUCAAUGGAAUUGGUACAGUGUGAACCUGUUCAGUGACCAGCGUUGCUGCUGAACAGCUCCAUCCUAACCAGCUGAUUUUUCUACUGCAUUUUACUUUUGGGUGCAGUUCAGUGCCAGCCCUUACUUUGUGAGGGCUCUGCUGCCCUCUCCCCAUGUGUGCACACGUGUGUUUUGGUUGGCUUCAUGAGAAUCUAAAACUGAGGAGGUUUAUCUUGUGAGUUCCACUGGAUGAGUUCUGAGUGCUCUUGUAUUUGUGUGAUGGCUAAAUAAAGGAGAAAGAACAAAGUGUUUUAAAUGCUGAUAUUUAUCAGUGGAGAGUUCUGUGCCUCAUGGGUGUCAUGGGAGGUAGUGAGCUGCUGCU